GCCACUGUAUUUCUGCAUACUGCAGUAUACAUAGCUAAUGCACAGAGAUACAUGAAGGAGACUCAACAUACUGCCAUGUCUUUCCUCCUGCACAAAAAACUGAAGAUGCUUGGUUUGAAAGACGACAGCCUGUCGCAGGACAGUAUAGACCUGACAGACAGAGUGGCCACCCUGGAGCAGAGGGUCCAGCUGCAGGAGGAUGAGAUCCAGCUCCUCAAGUCUGCACUCGCUGAUGUCCUCAGGAGGCUGGGACAGUAUGAAGAAAAAGACAGGAAAACAAACAAACCACGACCUCCAGUCCUGCCAUCCAGACCCACUAUAUCCAACGGAGGCACCAACACACCCAAAAAGGCAGACCACUCCAUAUCAGGGAGACAGCAGACCCCACCGACACCUACCUCCUACACACACGGCAUCAGCCAGAGAAGUCCCAUGCCUUCACCCAAAACUCCACACAGGGAAAUCAAGAGGUGGUCAUCAGGGGACAUGUCUUCCGGUCAACCCAGAACCCGCCAUGACAGUGCAGGAUCUGAACAUUCUACUGACUCUUCUGCACCUCGCAAACCUAAGGCCAGCAGUGGCAAACCGCCCCUUCCCCCUAAGAAUAUUUCCAAGAGGAGUCGCAGUAGUUCACUGGAUAGAACAUCAAUACUCAGGCAGAGUGGGAGAAGAGGGUCUGGUAGUCAAAGCCACAGCCCAAGAGAAGCUUCACAUGUGCAAGAGGAGGGAGCAGUGCGGAUGUUCCUGCGAGGACGGCCCAUCACCAUGUACAUGCCCACCAACAUGAUGGAAUCAUACAACUUCAAGGAGAAGGGAACUCUACCAGCUGAGAAGCUCAAACUAGACUGGGUGUAUGGUUACCGAGGGCGUGACUGCAGGUCUAACCUGUACCUGCUGCCGACAGGGGAGAUUGUGUACUUUGUUGCAGCAGUGGUGGUACUGUACAACGUGGACGAACAGCUGCAGAGACACUACCUAGGUCACAACGAUGAUGUCAAGUGCCUUGCAGUUCAUCCAGACAGGAUCACUAUAGCGACAGGGCAGGUGACUGGGCAUGGAAGAGAUGGGGAGCUGGAUACGUACAAGAAUGUGGACUCCUUCUACAACAAGGAUGUGGAGUUCUGGUACAGGGCCCAUGUGCGUGUCUGGGACUCGGUCACUCUCCACACUCUGCAUGUCAUCGGAGCUGGCGACUUUGAACGUGGAGUUUGCUGUGUGGCAUUCUCCAAAUCAGACGGUGGAGCACAUCUCCUGGCUGUGGACGAAGCCAACGAGCACAUCCUGUCAGUGUGGGAGUGGCAGAAGGGAGAAAAGGGCCACAAAAUCACUGAGACCAAGGCUGCCAAUGAGCCAGUGUUAGCAGCAGAGUUCCACCCUACAGAGAAGAACCUGAUAGUGACCUGUGGGAAGUCCCAUAUCUGCUUCUGGACUCUCGAUGAUGCCAAGCUCAGCAAGAAGCAGGGGGUCUUUGAGAAACAUGACAAGCCUAAGUACGUGCUGUGUCUAGCCUUUGCUGAAAAUGGAGAUGCCAUCACUGGGGACUCCAACGGUAACAUCUUUGUCUGGGGGAAAGGUACCAACCGCAUCAGCUGCUCCAUGGUGGGUGCGCAUGACGGUGGGAUCUUCUCCCUGUGUGUGAUGAAGGACGGCACGCUGGUGUCAGGUGGAGGGAAGGACCGCAAACUCAUCUCCUGGGACAGGAGCUACCAGCAGACUGGCACUGAGAGCGAGAUAGCAGAGGUGACCGGGCCAGUCCGAACUAUCACCCAAGGUAAGGGUGACGAUGUGUUUGUGGGAACCACCCGGAACGCCAUCCUCCGGGGAAGGGUCGGAGAGCCAUUUGAGCCGACUGUUGAGGCACAUACUGAUGAGCUGUGGGGACUGGCAGCCCACCCAAACCAGCACCUGUUUCUGACGUGUGCUUACGACAGACGGGUGUUCCUGUGGAAUGCUGACACCCACACGCCUGUCUGGUCUAAAAUCUUGGAGGACCCUGCCCAGUCGGCUGAGUUCCACCCCAACGGGACAGUUGUGGGGAUCGGGCUGCAGUCCGGCCGAUGGCUGGUGCUGGACACGUCCAGCAAAGACCUGGUCACGGUGCACACUGACGGGAACGAGCAGCACGACUGUGUACGCUACUCGCCUGACGGGAACUUCCUAGCUAUCGGGUCUCAUGAUAACAUCAUCUACCUGUACUCUGUGACUGAGGAGGGCAGGAAGUACAGCAGGGUUGGCAAACUCACCGGCCACUCCAGCUUUGUAACCCACCUAGACUGGUCCAGCGACAGCCAGUACAUCAGGAGCAACUCAGGGGACUAUGAGAUUCUGUACUGGAGUGCUGCCAUGUGUCGCCAGGUACCUGCUGCUGCCUCUCUACGUGAUGUGGAGUGGGCCACUGCAACAUGUACUCUCAACUUCCAGGUCUUUGGCAUGUGGCCUGAGGGUUCAGACGGCACCGACAUCAACGGCUCCACCUGCUCCAAGUCAGGCAAGCUGCUGGCCAAUGCUGAUGACUUUGGGAAGGUCAACCUGUUUAACUACCCCUGCAGCCAGCCACGGUCACCUGCCCACAGCUACCCUGGCCACAGCAGUCAUGUGACCACAGUGGACUUCUUGCAUGAUGACAGCACUCUGCUGUCCACUGGAGGGAAGGACAACAGCAUCUUCCAGUGGAAGGUCGUGGCUUAGACCA